CCGGGCGUCUGCGUGGAGCGGUGGGCGUGGCUGAGGGAAGAUGGCGGCGCCCGUGGCUCCGGCUGAGCCCCAAGCCUCCGGGGCUCCCCAGCUCCCCGUGUGUCUCCUGGUGCUGGGGAUGGCGGGGUCCGGGAAAACUACCUUUGUGCAGAGGCUCACAGGACACCUGCACAACAGAGGCUCCCCACCUUACGUCAUCAACCUGGACCCAGCUGUGCAUGAAGUCCCCUUUCCCGCCAAUAUUGAUAUUCGUGACACAGUGAAGUAUAAAGAAGUCAUGAAACAGUAUGGCCUGGGACCAAAUGGCGGCAUAGUGACCUCGCUCAAUCUCUUUGCUACCAGAUUUGAUCAGGUGAUGAAAUUUAUCGAGAAGGCCCAGAACACGUUCAGAUAUGUCUUGAUUGACACACCCGGACAGAUUGAAGUGUUCACCUGGUCAGCUUCUGGGACCAUCAUCACCGAGGCCCUGGCAUCCUCAUUUCCAACAGUGGUCAUCUACGUGAUGGACACGUCCCGAAGCACUAACCCGGUGACCUUCAUGUCCAAUAUGCUGUAUGCAUGCAGCAUCUUGUACAAAACCAAGCUGCCUUUCAUUGUGGUCAUGAACAAAACCGACAUCAUCGACCACAGCUUUGCAGUGGAGUGGAUGCAGGACUUUGAGGCUUUCCAAGAUGCCUUGAACCAGGAGACUACCUACGUCAGUAACCUGACUCGCUCCAUGAGCCUGGUGUUAGAUGAGUUUUACAGCUCCCUCCGGGUGGUGGGUGUCUCUGCUGUGGUGGGCACCGGCUUCGAUGAACUCUGUGCUCAGGUCGCCAGUGCCGCCGAGGAGUACGAAAGGGAAUAUCGGCCUGAAUACGAGCGCCUGAAGAAAUCACUGGCGAGUGCCCAGAGCGAUCAGCAGAAGGAGCAACUGGAGCGCCUGCGGAAGGACAUGGGCUCCGUAGCCCUGGACACAGGGACCGGCAAAGACAGUGUCGCUCCUGUGCUGGACCCUUCUGACUUGAUCCUGACUCGAGGAACCUUGGAUGAAGAGGAUGAGGAGGCGGAGAGUGAUACGGAUGACAUCGACCACAGAGUUACAGAGGAAAGCCGCGAAGAGCCAGCGUUUCAGAACUUCAUGCAAGAAUCAAUGGCACAACAUUGGAAGAGAAACAAGUAGCCCAUCCCACUUGUUCCUGAGUCUGACAUGCUGGGUCUCCACAGAGAGGUCCUUCCUGGGAGUCAGGGCUGCAGGCAAGAGCAGUUUCUCCAGGAUAGUGACUUCUUUGAGGGAAACCGGACUUAGAUGAAGUCAGGGUUGAAGCUGGAGCUGGCAGGUGGGUGCCCGUCCUUGGGAACUUCUCCUGGUAUUUAAUACAAGGAAGUGGAUUCUCACCGCUCUGGAAGCUGAUAACUGUCGAGCCUAAAACUUGGAGUUGCACUGUUUGAACUCAAGUACUUUCGCUGCUCAUGGGACGGUUCUGAAGACGACUUUGGAUCUUGACCAGGCUGGACCGUGGACUCAGCUUCUUUAGCACUGUGUUUUUGCCUCUGCACCUCAAGUUGCUGUUCUUAACAACAGGAUGGGAGGAGACGGGGCAGUGCGGGCCCUUGGCAGCCAGAGCUGGUAUGAGAUGUGCUCGCAAGGGGUAACAUUAUAGAGAGUUCUGUUUGAAGGGUGACCUGGAUAAAGUUUUUAACUUUGUGGUAAACCUGUCUGUCAUGAUUUCAAGGUAGAAAUUACGUGAUCACUAAUUGAUUCACUGUUAGAACCGGACUUUAAAGGCAGGUCUGGCGGGAUGUAAUGUGUAGUUUAGUUUCCCAUGUGCAUUACAUUACCUACCCAGGUCCAAAGCAUGUCCUAUUUAUAUUGUCCUUAGAACAAUGUAGAGCAUUGUGAUCACAGGAUUUGGCUAGGUAUCUAUUCAAUAACACAAAACCAGAAGGGUUUGCCCUCGUUCUCAGAGUGCAGUCUCUGGACCAGAAGUAAGAUCAUCAGCCAGGAAAGUUUUACUGAUUUAUCUCCAAAUUGGCUUCACCAGAAAUGGGGUGGGGGCUCAGCAGACUGUUCAGUAAGCCCCCCAGGUGACUGGGGUGUGCUCGACUUUCAGAACACUGUUCCAACUCAGCCUACGACUUAAUCCCAGGCCAGAUGAAUCAGCUACCAGUCCUCAUAACUUGCCUUUUCAAAGUAUCCUUGUCUUUCUUGACUUGGUGCCUGUCCUCCAGUAUUAUUUCAAGGCAACACAGAAUUUUAUUUUACCAUUAAUUAUUCAAUAUUCCAUACCUAGUGGGAAACUCUGAUCUUUCCUUUUUAAAGCUAAAACCUUUCUGCCCGACGUCAUGCCGUUGUGGUGCACAUCUUUUUUUUUUUUUUUUUUUUGUGGUGCACAUCUUUAAUCCCAGCAUUUGGGAGGCAGACAGGUGGGCUUCUGUGAGUUCGAGACCUGUCAGGGAUACCUAGUGAGACCGUCUUAAAAAAGAGAAAGAGGACCUUUCUUGUGUCCCAGACCACCUCUGCCUCCUGAAUGCUGUGUCUAUACGGUUGGGCCACUAUACUUGCUUGACCUAUUUAAGGGGAAACUAUUUGCAAAGCAAUACUCUGAACAUGUUCAGCUCUUCUCCAUGGUGCCUCCUCUUACCUAUUUCUCUCUUAAAAUGUUACUUGUCUCUCCUGCUGUCAGCUCUGUAGGGUCCUGUCUUUAUGCCACUUGUGUGAGACUUAGUAUAUGGAUGUGCUUAAUGAAUGUUUCCCAAGUAAGUGAACUAAACACUGUACAUACACUGCCUCUUGGCCACUUCAUUCAUGAAAAUGAAGAUCAAAACGGGGUAGAUUUUAAGAGUGUUAAGGAUUAGUUUGGAAAUUCAUAAAUAUUUUAAAAUAAGGUAUAACUUCAGGUCAGUCUAAGGUACAUGAUGUGGCUGUCUUUAAAACCCCUGGAAGUGGGAUGGGGAGAUGGGUUAGUGGGCUAAAGGCGUUGCUGUGCCAGCCUGGCGCCAUGGGUUCCGUCCCUGGAGCUGUGUGAAGGUGGAUGGAGAGAGUUGUCUCUGGCUUCCUCACACACGACCGCACCCACAUGCGCUAGCACACAGGCACGAAGUAAACCCGGAAACACACUCCAAGGUCGGGAGCUCAAUCCCUCACCUUGGUUUGGCAUUUGAGGAAGGGAACAUGCCUAUCCUUUGGCCUAAACUCGUUUACCAUUUGAGAUAGAGCUAUGCUUGGCCUUCAUCGGAGCUUAUGGCAGUGGGCAUCAAUCAGUUAAUGCAGAAACCUGUAACUGGCCCAAGUGUGGCGAGUGAGUGGCGGUGAGGUGCUAAUUAGGACAUAUCUAUAUCACACACACACACAUACACACACACCCGUGCUCAGGGACCGUCAUAGAAGGGGGGUGAGAAGAAUUUAAGAACCACAGGAUGGGAGAUGGACAGCAAAAAGAUACCUUCUGAAGAUGAUGUAGCCACUGUACUCACGGACUCACUAUAGCGCUGGUUACCUGCACAAGAUAGGCCUGCCAACAUUUCAUCAUGAUGAGGGCACCCUUGAGACCCCACCCCUCCGAGGGCCUGUUAGCAAAGGCUGGUUGUUGAGGGAGGGGGUGUGCUUUUCCUCAGUGAGGUGGCUGCUGCUAGGUUGCUUUUGUUCCACUAAGUUCUCACCUACACUUGAGCCAACUCUGAUAAACAGGGUCACACACACAGGACAUGAAGGGGGUGGGGCGGAACUUGUUCAGAAGAAGGGAAACACUUGACUGUUUUCAAAAAUAAUUUAUUUUUAAAUUUAUUGUGUGUGUGUGUGUGUGUGUGUGUGUGUGUGUGUGUGUGUGUGUGUGUGUGUAAUGCCCAGGCAUGCACCAUGGCAUGUAUAUAGGCCAAAGGACAACUUGGAGAGGUUAGUUCUCUCCAGGCACCAUGUGGGGUUUCAAGUGCCUUUACCCACUGAGCCAUCUCUCUGGCUCCUCAGAUGUCUUCUUCAAGAAAACAACAAAACAAAAUAAACAACAAAGAACAACCUGGAACAAACCAAAUGCUGCCCAUCUAGCAACUGGAGCAGGUCCUGUUUGCAUCCUUCACAAAGGAGAAAACGAGCAGUUGGAAAUGUGCAUGGUGAAAAUACUUGAAAGUCUCUGUCAGCAGAAAGCAUACUAAAAGUAAAAAGGAUAAGGUUGGAUGGAAUAAUCUAGAAAAGAACUGUGGGGAAAGCGCUAUUUACAUAAGGCUGUCACCACGGGGCUCUUAUUUUGUAAGAGGCUUGAGUAGCAAAAAUAGUUUUGAAACAUGACUGAUGUUAUGUUUAGCUGUGUUCUGUAUUACUACUGGAUUCCCAAUGACUUGACCCAAAAUAAACGAAUGAGAACCUGA